AUGGCUGCGGUAUUGAUAACUGGCGCUACUGGAAAGCAAGGCGGUUCCGUUGUGAACGCGCUUCUCAAGGCCAACAGCGAGUUGCAGAUUCUCGCCCUUACGCGCAACGCGCAGUCAGCAUCCGCACAGAGGCUUGCCCAGAAGUCUCCGAAGAUCAAGCUCGUUACGGGCAAUCUAGACACGAUUGAAGAUGUCUUCAAUUCAGCAAGACAAGCAACCAACCUGCCCAUCUGGGGGGUGUUCAGUGUGCAGGUUCCAAUGGGAGGUGGACAAAACGCCCAGAGCGAAGAGCGUCAAGGCAAAGCCCUGGUUGAUGCCUCGCUCAAACACGGUGUGAAACACUUUGUCUACUCGUCCGUCGAUCGCGGCGGCUCGAGAUCUGACAAAGACCCCACUAACAUUCCGCACUUUAUCAGCAAACACAACAUCGAGCAGCACCUGUUUAGCAAGGUGGACAGCAAUAGCAGCAUGAACUACACCGUCCUUCGUCCUGUCGCUUUCUUCGAAAACCUAAUGCCAAAUUUCUUCGGCAAAGUUUUUACAACAAGCUGGCAGACGACAUUGCGCCGAGACCAGAAGCUACAGCUAAUCGCCACGAGUGACAUUGGCUUCUUCGCAGCCGAGGCUUUCAUGAAGCCUAAAGAGUAUCUCAACGAGAGGAUAUCGAUUGCAGGAGACGAGUUGACUUACGAUGAGUUCAAGACGAUUUUCGAGGAGAAGACAGGUCAGAAUCUGCCGACGACGUACAGAUUGAUAUCGGCGGCGAUCAACGGGAUGGUUAAGGAGCUAGGCUACAUGUUUCAGUGGUUCCGCGAUGUUGGGUAUGGAGCAGACAUUCCUAGCCUGAAGGAGCGUAAUCCGGAGCUCAAGGACUUCAAGACCUGGCUGGAUGUUGAGAACGGGUACAAGGCUUACAAACGUACCAAAGCCUGGCAUAAAUGUCGUGACCAGCACUUCAUCGACACACAGUCACCUGAAACCAUCCGAUGCCUCCCUGAAAAGAACAGCGAUCUGAAAUUCUAUGACACUGAGGACGAGGAAGAACACCAUCAGCGCAAGGCCGAGGAGAAAGCAGAUAAGCAUCUCACUUUCUAUGGGAAACUUUGGAAAGAGUUUCGCAACCAGCAGUCAGGCAAAAUAGGAUCUGAUGAAAUGAAGAAGAAGGAUCGCGAAGAAAGGAGGAAAUUGGCUAAAGCGGUAGUGAGGGAAUUAGAUCUCAGGGAGCGCAACAAGGCGAAGAAUACCAACAAAGUGCACUCUCCGGGGACUUUGUAA